GGUAAGUGAAGCCCGUGAUGGAAAAAUUUCAAAAACCAUAUGAUAUGACAAAUCAAACACAACAAGUGUCAGUCCAAUUAAUCAUCGUCAUAUUUCUUCUCAAACCCAAUAUUCAUCCACUUUAAUCUGCAUUCAUAUAAUUCUUUUUAAUUUUUGGGUUUGUUGUAAUUUGUUUGAUGAAUGAAAUUAGUAGCAAGUGAUGAGGGGCCGCUUUCUUGAAAAUGAAAAGGCAGAAUUGCAAUAUUAAUGUUAGCCAAGAGUAGAAACUCUUCUUCUUGUCUUCACAUGUCAACCACUUUUUGUGUAAUGAAUUUACUUCUUCUUCUUCUUGCGUUCCCCUCAAUUUCUCUUGUAUUCAGCAAAAUGCAGAAGCUCUGAACACCAAAAAAGAGAAAAGAAUGUGGGAGAAGACGAAGAAGAAGAAAGAGAAGAUACCAAGCGUGUGGUUUUCAUUGAAGAACUCACUCCACUGCAAAUCCGACCCCUCCGAUGUGCACGACCCUCACCCUCACCCUCGGCGGCCGGAGAAGCAUCUGAGCUCAAUCCUCACCAAGAAAAGCGGCCGCUCCGGCUGCUCGAGGUCCAUCGCCAAUCUCAAAGACGUGAUCCAUGGCAGCAAGAGGCAUCUCGACAGGCCCCCCGCUUGCAGCCCUCGCUCCAUCGGCAGCAGCGAGUUUCUCAACCCCAUCGCCCACGAGGUCAUCUUCACCAACUCCAAAUGCGACCUCAAAAUCACCGGCUUCCACCACGACGCCGCCGCCGCCGCCGUCGGGAAUUCAAGGCCCGCCCCUCAAACUGCAACUCUCAAUACGAAAAAUCCCAACCUCUCUCUCUCCCAAAAGCGCGCUCCGCUUGAGAGAAACGCCGCCGUCAGCGGCGGCGCUGCAACGUGCCACAAAUGCGGCGAGCAGUUUGUGAAGUGGGAGGCUCUCGAAUCCCACCAUCUCUCCAAACAUGCCGUGACGGAGCUAGUGGAAGGCGACUCGUCGCGGAAGAUAGUGGAAAUCAUCUGCAGAUCAAGCAAGACGGAGAGCCGCAGCGUGAGAAUCGAGAGGGUGUUGAAGGUCCACAACAUGCACAAGAGCUUAUGCAGAUUCGAGGAUUACAGAGAGAUGGUGAAGAUGAGAGCAAGCAAGCUCCCCAAGAAACACCCGCGCUGCUUGGCCGACGGCAACGAGCUCCUCCGAUUCUACGGCACCCACGCCGCCUGCGCCCUCGGCGUGGGGUCCUCGAGCCUCUGCGUGUCGGAGAAAUGCAGCGUGUGCCGCAUCAUCCGACACGGCUUCUCCAGCAAGAGGGAGUUCAAAAACGGAGUGGGCGUUUUCACCACCUCCACGAGCGGGAGGGCGUUGGAGUCCAUAGAGGAGGAUCCGUCGCUUAGAAAGGCGUUGAUCGUGUGCCGGGUGAUCGCCGGGAGAGUGCACCGGCCCCUCGACAACGUGCACCACAUCAUCGGCCAGACGGGCUUCGACUCCCUGGCUGGGAAGGUUGGCUUGUACUCCAAUGUUGAGGAGCUUUACUUGCUUAGCCCUAAAGCUCUGCUUCCUUGCUUUGUCGUCAUAUGUAAGACUACUUGAGGAGUAUCAUCAUCUGCACAACUCAUUCAUUGCAUUGCACCUUUAAUGUAAUCUAAUGCAAUGCAACUUUGAACUAUUGAUGUAUAUGUUGUGUUUGUUGUUAGUUAAAAUUUGAAAAACGUUAGAUUAA